AUGGCGAGACAAUGGAUUCUUAACAGCCAAGAUGGCUUCGAGACUUCACUUGAAUAUCAACAAAAUGUCAUUGUGCCAUCAGCAGAUGAGUUAGGGCCUACAGAUGUUCUAGUCAAGAUACAUGCCGCCAGUCUCAAUUAUCGUGAACUGGUGAUUGCUGGUCCAAUUGGUGUCAAUGGACCGAUAACUCCCCCAAUUGUCCCCGGCUGCGACGGCGCUGGCACCGUGGAAGCAGUCGGUUCUUCAGUCCAUGAAUUCCUUCCUGGCGAUCGCGUCGUUACCUAUUCCGGUCCCAGACUAGCUGAGUCUGCUGGCGACGACGCAUUUUCCACCGUCGUGGACGUUCCGUACAUGAUGGGACAAGGAACGGACGGAACUUUGAGGUCUAUGGGCGUCUUUCACGAAAAGGCCCUGGUACAUGCCCCCAAGUCCCUAGAUUGGUUGCCUGGGGCAACUUUGACGUGUAAUUGGCCAACUGCAUAUAAUGCGUUGUUCGGUCUGAAAGGUAGAGAGGCUGGACCGGGGACAUGGGUACUAGUUCAGGGUACUGGCGGUGUGAGUAUUGCUACAUUGCAGGCCGCUGUAGCUGCUGGUGCUACUGUCGUCGCUACCACUUCCUCAGAAGAUAAAGCUGCUCGACUCCGGCAGCUGGGUGCAGCUCAUACGCUAAACUACCGCUCCAACCCUGGUGACUGGGGCGUGCAGGCUAGACGUCUCACACCCGAAGGACGAGGGUUUGACAUCGUCGUCGAUGUUGGAGGAAACGAGACUCUGCCUCAGUCUUUGGCGGCUGUGCGCGUGGAUGGUCAGGUAUUGGUGUUAGGUCAGGUCGGAGGCUUGGCUGAUAAUGUCCCUAUAUACAUGGCUUUGUUCCAUACUUGUAUAAUCCGGGGUUUCCUUGGCGGGAACAGGACUCAGCUCAAGGAGGUGAUCCGUUUUAUAGACGAGAAGAAGAUUGUACCUGCUGUGGAUGACGUGGUAUUUGAAUUGGCAGAGGCCAAGGAUGCAUACAGGAGACUCAAGGAGAGGAAGCACUUUGCCAAAGUGUUGAUCAGGAUUGAUCAGGAUUGA